AUGGUUUGCUUCUAAUAGCUUUCCGCAGUUCAAUUCUUCAUUUCAGGUGCAAGAGCUUUUUUUCGAAGUUCAAAGGAAGAAAAGCCAUUUUUUUCUGGACGCUAAAGAAAACAGCACAGUUUUCGAUCUCAAAUGCAUGAUCAAAGACAUUUUGAAGGUUGGUUUUUUCCAGUUUUUCGCACUUCUAUGAGUAAAGCUGUUAAGGUGUCGUGCCAAAAUGUGGAGCUUUUUCGACUUUGUGAAAAUGGGCAACACACGCAACUAGAUAGCCGAAAAACGUUGGCUGAGUGUGGAUUCAAUCCUACUAACGCCAGGGUUUUCAACCUUUUAUCUUUUUAUUUUUUAAAUUUUUGAUUCACGCUACGCAUGUUUGAGACAGUGCUCCGGUGGCCGGUCGAUGUUGCGCCGUCAGUUUCGAAGCCCACAAAUUUUUUUGAAUUUUCUUUCUUUCUUGAAAUUUGUUAAGGAUUUAUUUCUCGAGGUUACAAGGUAAGUUAAGUCGCAAAAAGUACAUAAGUUUUCAUUUUAUUACUGAAAAAUCUGUCUAAACUACCGUAAUACGACCGGCCACCUUAAACAGGCGUACGCAGCAGUAAUUUUUGUUUUUGUACCAGUUCAUUCGGCUUACAGGCGCAACAGCCAGCAACGAUUGGAAUGAUGUUGAAAGGAGACGAUAGCCUGGAAAUCGAAAAGCUGUCGACGCCUCCGCCAAUUCCCGAUGCGAUGCGAAAUGAGCAGCAAGCUGAAUAA